AUGGAAUCAUCCGCGUCCGGUUCAGGAGAAUCGCAAACUCAAAAAAGAAGUGUUAUUUGGAUGCAUUUCACCAAUAUAUCGGAAGCUAAUGCAAAGUCUAAUCUUUGUAAAAAUAUUUAUUCGCAUAAAAAUGGAAACAUUAGCAAUUUAAGGAAGCAUUUGAAAACUAAACAUCCGACUCUUUCAUUGGAAGGAGAAAGGGCAAAACGGCGGGUGGAAGACGAAAAUAUGCCUAGGUGCAAAAGGAACUUAGUUUCAGCAUUUGACCUGGUGCAUGAACUUCUGCUGUUACCGAAGUUAGACCGCUACGGCAUUAGAAGACUCCCAGUUCAAUGGUUCCACGACUAUUUGACUGACAGGCAGCACUAUGCUCAGAUAAAUGACCGUCGGUCGAAUAGAUGUGGAACUGAAUUGGGAGUGCCUCAGAGGUCCGUACGGGGACCAUUGCUGUACAUCAUCUUUGUAAGGACUUCAGUAUCACAAAUCAAGUCAUCUGCGCAGACGAUUCAUCGAUUCUUAUCAAUACAAUUUGGCCACAUAAAUCUCAACUUUGAUAGCAGCUUCUUGGUUAUAUCUUUGAGAGAAUCAAUAGAACAUGUCAGCGCUAAAAAUGUUUGGGAAUACAGAUUGAGCGAUGCUUUAAAUGGAAGCGACACAUUAACCAAGUUUGCAAUAAAGUUGCUUCAACAUCUUAUUGUCUUAGUCAGCUGCGAUUUCUGA